UGUGCAGUGAUGUAACACUACGACGUCAACACCGUUCACCAGUCUUCUGACUGUAGCAUUGAGCACAGUGACAUGUACUAUGUAUCGGACCAUGAAAGAAACCAUCGCACCUGUCAGUGAACACACCAUGGAACAAAUCUUUGAACAGAGCUCUGAACACUCAGGGGACCAGUCGAUGGAGUGUACCGUCGAUCCGUUUAUUUACAAGUUCACCGAACACACGAUGGACAAGGGCAUGGUCCAUGGUACUGACCAGACCAGUGUUGACCAGUCUAUUAGUAAGAACCAUGAACCAAACAAUGAAUGGACCAUCGAACAGACUGGGCACCAGGACAUGCAACAAGAUUUCAGAGGUACUAUUAACCAGAACGUGAAACAAAGUGAAAAACUGACCAUGGAUGAGACCAUCAAUCAGGCUACUGGACAAACUAUGGAUACCACAGAUACCAUGGGUCAGACGAUGGUGCAGACCAUGGGUCAGACGAUGGAACACAUGAACAGACACAGCACUGACCAGACUGUUGGAGAUCAGGGCACAGAACGGACCAUUGACAAGUCUGACGUGUCCAGUAGACCGUCCAGCCACCGUGUAGACUAUAACAGUCAACAGACCAUGGGAGACACCUUGAGGCGAGCUGUUGAACGUACCCUCAAACAGAUGAUUCACCAGACUGUCAGACAGACCAUUGAGCAGUGCAGAAAACAAGCAACUCACCAGUCUAAUCAACAGACCAUUGACAGGACAGCGGGGCGGGCCAUUUAUCAGCCUGUGGAACCAGCCGUUGAGCACCCUCCGGGUCAGGGUAUGGAUCUGACAGUGGAGGAGAACAAUGAUGUCAUCAUAGAACAGAUGAUUGACCAAACAGCCGAACAGACCAUUAACAUGUGCAUGAAGCAGACUCUGGACCAGAAGAUGGCGCACAAACGCAAAAAGAUGGACCAAAACAGUGAUAUAUACAUGGAACACGACAUGGAACACGACAUGGAACAGACGGUACCACGAAAAAUGAAGAAGACCAUUGACUGCAGCAUCGAGGAGACCAUUGAACACACCAUUAGACACUGUAUGGAACAGGGCAGUGAACGCAACAUAGAGCGACCCCUAGGGCAAAACAUGGAACAAAUCACUGACCAGACGGUGGACCAGACCCCGGAGCAGAGCACAGGUCCCAGUCACGUGGCCAAGCGCGGGAAGAAAAGAAAACGAAGGGAGAAACCACGGGUGCCGUUAAUAGUCAAACUACCAAUAAUAAACGCUCGCACUUUACCAGAGAGAAUGGGAGAUGACCGGAGACCGGGGAGUUGGAUGUGGCGCUUAAGGUCGUCAGAGUCCGUGGAAGACUGGCUGGGUGCCAGUGAAGCCGACGUCUCUGAAGACGGUGUCGUUCUCCCACAGAACCACAAUAACGAACCACAGAACCAGAAGGACAAGGACAAGAUGUCGGUCCUUAAGACCAUGUCCAGGAUGCUGGAGGAGAAUCAGCUCAUCAGACAGAGGCUCCAGGCUCUCACCAAGGCCGACUGAUGCUGCUGCUGCUGCUGCUGCUGCUGCUGCUGCUGCUGAGGCUGCCACGACGGAAAACAGGAUUUGUUAUGAUGGCGUCACGGUGAAGCCAUAAAUAAUUCAUUUGAAAAAAAAAAAUAAUAAUAAUAUCGAAUAGGUUUUGUUUCCUAAAUGUGUAGUGAACAGUUUUGAGGUGACGCUGGUCGGUGUUUGUGUUGAACCACAGGUUUGUUAUGUUUUAUCGGAUUUUAAAAAUAUUUUAGCCUUGAAAUAGUGGUGUUUUAUUGAGGACAGUUUGUCCAUAAAGAUGGUCAGUGUUACAGGUAAAAUAAAUAACCGUCUUCAAGUUAUCCACCAGAGGGAACUCUACACUCAGAUAGUAGUGUCUGAUGUUGGCUUUUUCAAGUACCGAACCCUGCAGUUCAUCACUGCCGCCGCGAAUGUUGUGUUUUGGAAAUAAAUUUAAACCACAAUUCUC